UUGUAUCCGGUUGCUAAGGUAAACUUUGUGAACUUCAAUGUCGACAGAAAUGUUUCAAGCAGCGAAAAGAAAGACAUGACACUGAAUUUGAGAUCAAGUGCAGCGUGGUAUGUUGAUUUGAUUGAUCAUUGCAUUUAUGUAAAUAAUACAGCUGAGUAUCCAUGUUAUAAAUAUGGAUUACAAAUGGGAGCGAAGGACAAGACCUCAUCUGCUCUGGGUAAGUCCUCAUAAAACAGUCACAUCAAGAAAGCCAGAAGGUGAGACUGUUAUCAGACAACCUCAGCCAGGAAGAUCAGAGAAAUCUCAACAAAACACUUCCCACAAUGAUUCCACAAUAUUCCCCAAAUCUUCCAAAAGAACUGAAAAAGUACUACAGGACCAAGUUACCACAAAGGCAAAUAUAAAAGCACUGAUGCUGCUCAUCAUAUCCAGAAGAGAAGCCAUUAAAAACCUAGAGGAGCACUGUAACAAACUUCAAGAGAGAAAUCUGCAGAUAGCCAGGAGCAUUAUGGAUACAGAGAGAAAUUCACUGUCUAUGAACAAAGAACUGCUCGAUCAGCAAGCAAAAAUGAGGAGAUCAAUGAUAGCCUUAAAACGAUGGGAUGACAGUCAGAUCAGAAGUGUCAAAGCAGAGCUGACAGAUGCAAAGAAAACAUCACAGACAUCUCUCAAAGGUCUGCAGGAGCAUCUGGAUAUGGUGCAAGCAGAGGUGGUGGAGGCUCAGAAGCAGCUGCACAUCUUGAAGACAUACAAAGAUAUGGAGUUCCCAGUCAAGGCCCUGCAGAUUGCAGACAUGGAGAGACAGCUGGAAAGCCUAAAGGAAAUGCAGCAGAAUGAGCAGGAAGACGUGAAUUUGUUGUUUGAAAAAGAAAUGGUCAAACUGGAGAGAUGUCAACAACAAAGAGAGCAGAAAGUGCGGUCCACCGCUGUUGAGAAACAUGCAUGCCACAUUCCCCCCAUUGUCAAACUGAUGGCCACACAAAACCACAGAAUGAGGGAGGAGAUUAAUAUGCACAGAAAGGAGAUAAGUGAGGUGGAGCAGAAGAACAAAGAGCUAAUGAAGAGUAUUCGUGAACUGCGACUUUCAAGACCAAACUUGAGGAGAGAGAUCUUUCCAGAUGUUUUCCUUAAAUCAGAGAAGUGUACGCCAGAUAUGGAUGUCCAUCUCAGUAUACCACCAUAAGAGGAUUUACUCCCCAUAUAAACCUGAGCUGACGGCAUUGCCUUUUUGAGUCUUGACUUGAGCUGCUGUAUAUUAUAGUAGAAAAUGAAUGAAGCCACUUCAAUAAAUUUUCCUCAGAGCCAAACAGUUACAUUUA